AUGUAUCCGGUCAAAGCAGAUUUCAACAUCUCCAAUUUCCCUUAUUUCCAGCCCCAGCAGCCGACGGUCCCAGUCCAGUCAACUACCUAUCCAUCAACUCAGCCUCUCCCUGCCAACACAUCUCUCCCUCAGUCUACUCCUAUCUAUCAACAGCAACAGCAACAACAACACCAACAGCCGCAACCGCAACCGCAGCACCAACACCUCCAGUCACAACCACAGCUACAAGCACCACAACAGCCAGUAGUAACUCAAUCACAGCCGGCCAGUGUUCCGGCCAAAAGGAAGUCUGAUGCCACCACUACUUCAGAGGCGGACCGUCUAGCCCAAGAAGAAGACAAACGCCGGCGCAACACCGCUGCCAGUGCCCGUUUCCGCAUCAAGAAAAAGGAACGUGAGAAGAACUUGGAAAAGACUGUAAAGGAUGUGACGAGCAAGAACUCGGCUCUCGAGUCCCGCGUCAGCCAGCUAGAGAUGGAGAACCGAUGGCUCAGGAACCUCAUCGUCGAAAAGAACGGAUCUGCCAUCAGUGAGGGGGAUCUAUCUGGCAUGUUCGAUAAGUACCAAGAGGCCACCGGACAGCAUCAGAACCAAAAACAGGCCUCGACGGCAAGUCCUAGCUUAGAACUCAAGUCUUCCCCUUGAAUCUUAUGUGAUGGGAUGGUUCUAUUUAGGAAUACGACGGUUGCGCUCCUCUCUUACUUACCCGCCCCCUCCCCGCACUCCAUCAUCGGGCCACCGUUACCAAGUUCUCCCUUUUAUUGCUAUUUAUCUAUCUUUCUGUUUCUCCCACUUAUCAAUUCUCAUCUGUAAUCUUGAUAUUGCCUUUCCUUUUUGUCUUUUUUAUAUCCUGUUGGUGGGCUCCAUCUCCCUGCCUCACCGACUGCUCGGUGGUUGAACCAAAAGCGACCUAUGAACCAUUAACUGCUGCAUACAGUUCAGCGGCACCCAGUCUACAAGGAUGCCUUCCAAAGGGCAUGUCGUGGGGAAUACACUGUCCCCUACCCUUCUUGGCUUAUAUCUUGGUUGUUGGUGGCCGAAAACGGAGCAGGGCUACGUAUGGAUGGC